AACAAAACGUAGAAGGUCAAUGAAAUUGAAGCACACAUUUUACAUCUUUCUUUCUAACUAAUUUUGUUUUUAAUCUGCCUGCUCAUUAAUAGAGAUAACAUGACUGAAUCAGCAACCCUCCCCUCAUCAACCACACCAGCCUUAUCUGUGAGCCAGAAAAUGAGCAGUCCGCCCUGCCCAUGGAUGUCCACCACAACUACCCUUGCCCCUGCCACCACCGCCAUCACCACGAGAGCCAAAACCACCACCUUGCCAAAACCUAAACGACAAAUUGACAGAAGUUCCAUUCCUGGCCCUGCAGCAGUUCCUAUAACCUGUUGCUUUGCCUUCAUUGACUUUCCAAUACCAUACAACAAAAUUGUAAGUGCUUUGAGGACAAGUCCCCGCUGUGCUACUAAAGCCAUUGUGGUUACGACUCCUAGAACCCAGUUUUGUGUGAAACCAAAUGAAGUAUGAAUAAACAUUGUAAUGGAAAAACAGCUUCAGAAAUGAAACCGCAACACAAUACUGUGCACAAUAUAAUACUGUUACUGCUUAAUGCAAC